UAAUCUUCGUUUAUUUUCGUGGAUGCUGGCUGAAGCGGCGCUCGUCUUUUUCAGAGCGCGCGCGAGACGCACAGGCGCGAACUUUUUCAGUCUUUGAGCAACGGUCGCAUUGUUUGCACGUGUGGUAUAUGGGUAUGCGCUUCGCUGACGAACCACAACAUCAACGAUAUCAAUAACUCUAUACAAGCAGUACGAAUUGCCGGUGCUCGUUAUCUUAGAACUUAGCGAGGAGAAAGGUCAUGAUCAUUCUGAGAUGGUAAAGGGCGUGCAAUGUAGCAGGGGUAGUGAAACGUAGCCUUUGCAAAGAGUGGAGCAGUGUGUGCGUGUUUGUGUACAAUGUGACAUCGAGAGGUGGCUGAGAUUGUUGUUAUUGUUCUUCUCUUAGUUUCUUCUUGUUGUUUCUGAUGCACCCGUUUGGUGGUUAGCCUCCCUCCACCAAUCUUUUUGGUAGUUAGACGACGUAGAUGUCCUUCUUCAACUUUUCAGGGGCGGGAAGCCCCCCGCGAAGGUCGAUCUCGCAGCCGGCCCCGAAAAGUCCCUUCUGCACGAGUCCAAGUCAGCUGUACGAAACGACGCUGGAUGCGGAUACUUCAAAUGCAUAUUCCAUGGGAUUGGGAGGAGCGCGCGGCGCAUCUCGAGGAUGCAGCGUAAAGGAGUUCGAGGAGCAGCUGACAACUUUGCGCAAAGAGAACUUUAAUCUUAAGCUGAGAAUCUACCUUCUGGAGGAGCGCAUGGGACCCAACUACAAUUUAGACACGGAGAGCGCCGUCAAAAAAAACAUAGAACUCUCGGUUGAAUUGGAGACGUUGCGGAAGGAGCUGCAGGAGAAGCAGGAUCUGCUAUGCCAGGCGGUGACUGCCAUCGAGAUUGAAGAGGAGGAGUACCGUAAGGAGGCAGAGAACAAGCGGAAAGAAAUCGAAGAUCUUAAGGUGCAGCUCGACACGCUCCAGCAGCAAUUCGACAUGGUGCAAGAGGAAUCUCGAUCGCAAGGUGAUCAUUCAUCCGUUGACGGCCGUUCAGAGGUCUUCUCGCAGGCUUUCACCUUGACAAACAAAGUCGCCGAUUUGGAGAAUCAGUUACGGUGCGAGAGGGAAACUGUGGAGAAGUUGAGCAAUUUGUUAAAAUACCCUAAACCGACGUUGGACGUUGAAGAGCUGCAAGUGGCGCUGACAGAGAAAACUGAGAAGCUUGAGCAGGCGAUGGCCGAACUGGAGGAGAAGUCGCAAUCCCUGGCAGAGGUUAGUUCAAAGCUCGAGACAGUCGAGCAGGAGCUGCUAGUAAAAAAGGACGAGGUCAAUUACUACGAGGGCGAGCUUAGCAUGAAAGCGAACGACCUUGAGGAGGCGCAGGAGAGAUUGUCUGAAAUGGAGGUGCUCUAUGAGGAUACGAAAGCGCAGCGCGAGCAUGAAGCCAAGAGGAACGAGAAGAACAAGAUCGCUGUCUCGAAUCGGAACAACAAGAUCAGCGAGCUCGAGGGAACGGUCGAGCGGUACAAGCAGAAGGUGCUCAGUCUGGAAGCGAAGCUCGAGUCGGCCCAAAACGAGGUUAAAAGUAAAAAAGACUUCGGGAGUCCGCGACCACCAACGGCUCGCACCACCCCCGACCAUUCUGACCCCGCUUCAUUUCCAGUGCGCAGUGCGGCGACGACUCCAGAACAUUCACCUAAAUCGGUAUCAAGAGUAAACUCGUCGGGUAUCUUCCGUCCGCAUCGCACCACCCCAAAUUCCAGUAUGCAGAUGAGCGGCAACGAAGAUGGUGACGUCAGCAUGGACAACACAGACCACUCGUUCUGCGUGGACGAUCUGCAGAAUGAGCUGCUGCUGAGCCGAGGACACGCGAAAAAGUUGGAGCAGGAUCAGCUGAAAGCGUGCCGUAUUAUCCAAACGAUGAUCGAGAAGCGGAAGAAAAGCCAGAAGGAGAUCGAGGAGCUGCAGAGGAACGUGAAGGAGCGAGACGAGAAGAUCGAGGAGUUGUCUGGGAAGCUGCAGCAACAACACCAUGAUCGUCAUCAAUCUCAGAUGGACGAUAGCAACAGAUCUGCGAUGACAAAUUCUUCCGACCCAUCCACAGGAAAUAGCAACAACAGUAACAACCGCAGCAGAUCAACGUCGCUUCUUCAGACCAAAAUAUCCGAGCUUAAUCUGACGGCAGCAUCACCGACGUCCGACGCUGAGUGCUCGGCGCUCGCUCUGGAAACUACUUCAUCUGAGAAUCCGCAAGAACUACUGGCAAAGAGUAUACAAUACAAUGAGAACUUGGAGACUGAGAAAAAAUUGUUGAAAGAGAUUCUCCGAGUGAAGGAUGAGCACAUGGAGGAGCUACAACAACGGCAUGAGCGCGCUUUAGAGGAGACGAAGCGAUUGAAGGACGAAAUUGUCGAUCUACAGUUCGAGGCGUGUUCUCGCGAUGAGCAACCGUCUGAGAAGUUCGACGUUGGCAACGAGAAGGUUGGAUACUGGAUACAGAAGAGCGAGGACAAGGACAAGGAAAUCGAGCGAUUGGAGAAGGAGCUGAAGAAACGGACAUGCGAUCUGCAGAGCGUCGUCAACAAGGAACUGUGGGACAAGAACCGCGAGAUCGAGCGAUUGCAGAAGUCCGGGUCGAAGGAUGCGACAAUCUCUGAGCUUCGCAAGGACGUGGCAGCAAAGGACGACGUGUUGAAGGCGCUGCAAUGCAAACUGGAGGAGCGCAAAGCAUUGGAAGAUACGUUCAAGGAAAAGCUGAGAAAACUGUCGGACGAACGAUUGCGAUUGCUUAACGAAAUUGAGGAGCUCAAGGAUGAAGUCUCACAUUUGAAUGUCGACGAAGACGAGGCGAAGAAUCUACGGCUGGAAUUAGAGACAUGUGAACGGAUGCGCUGCGAUACCCAGCAGGUGUGUCAACUAUUGAACGUGCGUCUGAAGGAGUUGGCCACCUUCCUCAGUUCUCUUUUGAAGAAGAAAAUUGUGCUAGGAUUACUCGGACAUACAUCGCGGAUUCGCCAGUACAUCGACGAUAGUCUGAAUCUAUCGCGUUCGCUUUCGCUGUCCAUCAACAUGAAUCCGGACGAGAGUUUAAUGCAGCUCUCCAAUAUUUCGACGUUGCUGAAGACGCAGAACGAUACCUUGGAUAUCUAUGAAUUUCUAAAUCAAACUAACAGUGAAGGAGGAGAGGUAGAUGAUGAUGAUCUUGAUUGGGAGGAAGAAAAGUCUUCGUUAAGUCUGAUACCCGAGCAGAUCACGUUCAGCUACCAGAGCCACAUCUACAACAAGCCGGGCGCGGAAAAUAAAAUCCACCAGCAGGAUAGAAUAAUACAGAAGUUAAGAAGCCAGGUGGCACAAUUGAUGAGCGCGCUGCAGUUGCGCGACAAUAAACUGCUGCAGCAGACCAAAGACGACGAAGAUCUAGUUAAUGCGAUCGUCUCGAUGAAUCCGCCGGUGAUGAUGCAGAGCGUCUCGUCGCCGGACAGCAUCCUUCAGAAUCUGAUGCGCAUCAAUCUCUCGACAAACACCUCAUCCACUGUGAAGUACGUGGAUCACAGCGGCAGCGAUUCCUGGUCGGAACCGGACAAGUCAGUCUCCAAGGCCAGGAUAGGAUUGGACGAGGAAUGUUUGAAGCCGGUGUCGAAGGACGAUUCGACGGAAGGUGCAUUAUCCUCGUUAAACAAAUCACGAACGCCGUCAAAGAGGAGCUCCAGUGCCAGCGAGAAUAAGCAGAUCAUCAGAGCGUUGACCAAUCAGAUCGAGUGUCUGGAACGUAGGCUGGAGGAGAAGGAUGUCCUUUGCAACGAGGAGAUUGUCAAAACCGAAGGGCUGAUCCUGGAAAUUGUCCAGCUGAACGAGAAACUCGAGGAAUCGAGAAGCAGCUUGUCUGACUCGGAAAGCAAAGUGCAACAACUUCAGCAGAUCAUCGAGGAGCUGCACUCAAACAAGUGCAACCUUAUAAAAAAUAUGAACAGUAAAACCAAGUCGGUGCAGAACAUGAUCAAUCAGCUGGAGUGCGAAAGGGCGCAGGCGAUGGCCGAAGCGAAGGAUGCCGAGGAGCAUGCGAAAAUCGCCAGAGGUCAAGUGGCAGAGUACAAGUCGAAGCUGAAGUGCGCCGAUGAAGAAUUCAAACAGAAACUGAAGGAAGUUGAGGCGGAUUACGAGAAGAAAAUGAAAAUGCUCGAGGUGCGCACAGAGCAACAAGUUAUAAAAAUUACGGAGGUUGCGAACCAAAUGAAGAGCAUGUACGAGACCGAGUAUGUGAAGCGUUCCGAGGUGGAUCAUCUACGUUCCAUAAUUAAGGAUCUAGAGUCGGUGAAGCAGCUUUUGAAAGUAUCGGAGGAUAAGAUCGAGCAUCUCAGGAAAAACGAGGCAGGUCUGAAGAUGCGUUUGCAGGAGGUCGAGACGGAGAGCAGAUCGAAGAUCACCGAACUGCGAGCGGAAUUGGACCGCGCCACUCUUCAGUAUUCGGAGGCUAUUCUGGAAAAGUCCCGUAUCAUGGAUGACAAAUCCAAGCUGGAGACAGAGAAGAGCAGAUUUGGAGAGCGCGAGGCCGAUUUUGUGCGGCAGAUGAGUGAACUGAAGGCCGACUUUAACACGCUCAAGAAAUAUCAGAAACAGGUGGGCGUACUUGAGGUACAGAUUACCAAGCUGCAGGUGAAGAUCAGCGAGUUGGAAUCAAAAAACGCCGAUCUGAUGAAUAAACAAUUCAAAGCUUCCGCCGCAGCCUCUAUUUCUUGCGCUGCAGCUACCGCUAAUGCAAAGGUCUCUACGAGUGCGGAGACCGGGGCCGGAGAACAUCUCUCCUCAUCUCCGCAGAGAUCGAGAAUCUUGGAUUUAUAUUGCAAUAGAUAUUCACCGCGUCUGAUCAACGAUGAGGAAACGUUAGAGGUGGAGAGGAUGCACGCAAACUCCUCUCCGGAUUUGGGCAUCGAAAGCGAUCAGGGCAGAUUCUCCAGCCUGGAAGGUGUUGGAAACACGAACGUCUCACUUGCCAGACCAUUACUGCAGACGCUUGAAGUGUCCCAAUCGAUGAGUAAUCUUCUCGACAAAGAGAACAUUAUGGCAAAAUGCAGCAACGAGGAGUGCAGCCAGAGGACGUCCAAGAUCAUGGAGGAGAACUUCUUGCUUAAAACGAAGCUAAACAAGUCGCACAAGAUGCUAGAGGCGACAGUCGUGAAACUUGCUAAAGCCAAUUUACAAAAAGAGCGAGUCGAAGGUAAAAUUUAUAAGGAGAUCCACAAGACGAGCCAAAUUCUGAAGAUUGCAAAGGCCAAUUUGGACUCUGGAUCGGAUACUGAAUUUAAGAAGAAGUGAUGCGAUGAGAUAAGGGAAAUGAGAGAGAAAAUACUAUUUUCUGUGUUGAUGUUGUCAAUUUGUCCUUUUAAUUUAUUCAUUUUUAUUUCUGACCAUUCAUUUUUUAUAAAAUCUCCUGCGCUGCUCUCAAUAUCAAAACUUUUUAAUUAGUAAGUCGUGUCCAUCUGAUCUGAAAUAAAUCUCCUACACCGCACUUCAACUCCCCGAUAACAUACCACCAUCUAUCUAAUGGACCAAACUAAACGUUUAUUUUGUUUUUAUUUAUUUCUAACGUCUACUACAUUUAAAAUUUGUAAUAAUAUAUAGUAUAUUUUUUUAAUUUAUUUUAAUAAUUGAACUGUUUUUAAUGUCGUUUCUCUCCCUCGCAUAAUAUUAUUCGUUGCAGUUGCAAGAAAUGUGAAUUUUUUGGCAUUGUCGCGCGUUAACUCUUCGGUUUAUACCUUCCGACCAAUUACUAACACAUUCCUUUUACUUGCCCCAUCCACCACUAUGCCAAAAAAAGGAGGAAGAACUAGCAUGCAGAAUUAUUUUCUAUGUUAUUUUUAUCCAGUGUCAUUGACUAACUCAAUUUUACGCUAAUAUAUCCCUGACCAACUUUUAA